AGCGAACCUAAUAUUUUCUCCCUUCUCCGACGCUUGAUGCCCUCUCUGCACUCUACCCCGACGCUCAACGGCCGAUUUCGCUCGCCUCUCCCACGACCUCCACGCUUUUGGCGGUUCUUCCCUCGCGGUUCGGUGAGGUCUCGGAUAAAGCCCCUUUCAGUUACAUAUGGCUUGGGCAUAUCAGAUCAUGAUUAUGAGGGACAGCUUGUCACUGCAGAGUUUGAUUCAUUCUAUCUCUUGAGCGGUUACGUUCCUAAUUCUGGUGAUGGCCUGAGAAGACUGAUGUAUAGGAUUUCACAGUGGGAUCCAUCUCUUGGUAACUACAUAAAGUAUGUUCAGCACUAUGUAGCCCUUUUGUUUUUUGAUAAAGCUAUUUAGACUUUUGUUCAGGAGUCAUUAUUCACCAUAUCAUGGAU